AUGACUGCAGAUACCCCAGUCCACCCCUUGUCUUCAACUAGAGAUAAAGCUGAAGACAUUACUUUUGCCGUGGAGAUCAAAUCCAUCAUACCACUGAAGCUUAGCAAGACCAACUUUUUGAACAAAGACAUAAGACCAUUUGUGCCUCAUCGACCGAGGAAGAGCCUGGAGUCGAUGACCGACGCCGAAAAGCAUAUCCAGAAGAGCACCUACGAAGCUAUAGCCACAGCUCUCCACUGCAUCCCUGGAAUACAUGCCACAACAUAUCAUCAGAUACAGCAAGAUAGACUAGAGCGCAGUGACUACUGGAGAUCCCACUGGAUUGUGUACAAAGCCAACUCUGCCGUGCCAACGUUUGUAAGCUAUGAAGGAGGAGACGACGAGCGACCCUUGAUCGACGUGACAUCACCAGACUAUAAUAAAUUGGUGUGGAUCCCAGUAGAGGUGAGCUCGCCGAAGCUCUGGUGGAUCAAAAAGAACGAGGCAGUAGCCAGUAUUGGCUCAGUUUGCCGGACACUGCAGCACAGAUUCAGGAGCACCGCCAACCACUCUACAGAAGUCCAUAUCCACGUCGGGCGGCACGAUGGGCGGUUUUAUUCCCUCAAGAGCAUGAAGAAGCUAGCCACGAUCUUGUGGCUCUCAGAACCCAUCCUCCGCGGCGUGAAAGAUCCAAACUCCCGCAACUUUGACCACACGUAUACUUGGAGCUUCCCAUGGCGGCAACACAGCCGCAUCGCGCUGGCGCUGCAGGGUAACCUGCCCGACGGGCAGACAAUGGACGACCUGUUUACAGGGAGAUCUGACGAAUUUGACGAUUUUCUCCUGAAGACGAACAGCGCCCGCCUGACAGGCAACUCGCCAGACGACACGUUCCGAUUCGUCGGCGAGCACCGCCAAGCGCUGCGGGCCAUCUGGCGGGCUUCGACGCACGAGGAGCUGGGCAGGAUGCUCUGCGGGACCGGCAGGAAGUACCGGCGGCUGGGGUUCAACUUCCACGCGCUGGGCGGGGAGGACGCGCGCGCCAGGGAGAGCCCGCGGACGAUCGAGUUCCGCUUCCUGGAGGGCCACAUCGACGAGGACGUGGUCUCCGGCUGGGUGCACGUCUGCAUCGCGCUGGCCGCGCUGGCCGCCGACCAGAUCGAGGACUGGGAGUUCUACGACAUGGUCGUGCUGCUGCUGGACAUGCCCGGCGACUGGUCGCUGGAUGCAAAGUUUACUGCGAUGAUGCAUGAGCUUGGGGUGCAGAAGGCUGCAUAUGAGCCCCUGCGGGCGAUUGUGCGGAGGAAUUAUCCGCCUUCUGGGACUGUAGGUGGUGAACCUUGUGAAUUUGAUCCCAGUACAUAUGCAUGCUUGUAA